AUGCCCGUUUCCUCCAGGCCCCGGACAUCCUUCCUCAUCCAGGACAUCCUCUGGGAUGGGGUACGGCCGGAGAGGGGCAAGAGCGGAGAUUUUGGCAGCCCGAAAGAUGGGGAACCCGGAGCGGCCACGGCGGAGGGAAGUGAGGGCAGCUCGGCCACGGGGAGCCCGUAUCCCCCAAGAGCAUCCCCAGCCCCGGUCCGAGGGACGCCCCAGGAGAAAGAUGCAGAUGCCAUGGCAGAGCCCUACCUGUCCGAAUGCGACGCCCCCCUGCGCCCCCUGCCCAUCGCCCCGCGCCCCCAAAAGCAGGCGAAGCGCUCGCGGGCAGCUUUCUCCCACACCCAAGUCAUCGAACUGGAGCGGAAGUUCAGCCACCAGAAAUACCUCUCGGCCCCCGAGCGAGCCCACCUGGCCAAAAACCUCCAGCUCACCGAGACCCAGGUGAAGAUCUGGUUCCAGAACAGGAGGUACAAAACCAAGAGGAAACAGGUCGCCUCCGAAAUCGGACUGGACAUGCGGUUUGGGGGGCAGAAAGGGGGCGAGCUCCACCCGGCAUCGCUGCUGGCAUUGCGGGGGGGCUGGCAUUACCUGCCUUGCCUCUACUACUUGAACGGCUGGAGUCCCUCCUGGUGGUAA